GAUAACUAACAGAGAUGAAAUUUCUCUGAUAUGUUGUGUGACAAGGCCAACACUUGUAACAGGUGUAUCUAAGCUUGAGCUCCUGGCUAAAGAUAGCAUGUGUGUCUUUUUAUCGCUUAUGUCAGAGGAGUUUUCCACUAGGCACUAUAGAUAGGCUCACCAGUCCUGUCCCUGCAUGUGCUGGACAAGUAGGCGUACACCAGUGACAAUUCAAAUGCAUUAUGAUAUGUGUAUACAAGUGACUCAAGGAAGACGUUGUAUGAAGUCUGCGGGAAACCCUAGAUCCUUACUAUCUAUAUUCAUAUGCCGAAAGCUUGCUGAUGGUCGUUCGGGAGGAGGAAAAUGAUUCGUGCCGUCAUCCUCCUCGCUAUUGUCAGUGCUACAGAGGCAGAGUCGAGAGAUGACUACCAUGGCAAAUACUGCAAGACUGGGUGUCGGAGUCUACUGAACGGACUCUACUGUCAACAAUGUAAGUAUGGUUGCUAUGGAGUCAACUGUACACGCCACUGCAGGCGAUGUGACAUCAGCGGCUGCGACAGAAUGACCGGGGUCUGCUACAGAUGCAAACCAGGCUACUACGGCGGAAGCUGCCAGAACCGCUGUCCCCGAGGCUGCACAUCCAAUGGGUAUGAAGACUGUGACCGAGACACUGGAGUGUGUUUACAAGGCUGCAGAGUUGGGUAUCACGGCAGGAGAUGUGACCGGCGGUGUCCCCCAAACUGUAAGAAUUCGAUUUGCCUGAAGGAAACAGGUCGCUGUUCGUACGGCUGCAGAGACGGCUGGUGGGGAACAUACUGCACAGAUUCGACCCCCGAUUGUCCGAACUGUGUUCAUGGAAUGUGUGGGUCAGACGGGAAGUGCAAAGCAAGGUGUUUACCAGGGUUUUAUGGAGAAUAUUGUGAAAGGAAGUGUUUAAACUGCCACACAACGGGAUGUGACAAGAAUUCUGGAAGAUGUGACGAAUGUUCUCCAGGGUUCCAUGGCCGUUGGUGUAACCUGCAAUGUAACAGCAACUGUAAUACGGGGCUGGAUAAACUCCGUCGGUGCCAUCGAGACACGGGCAGAUGUCUGGAAGGGUGUGAAGAACGCUGGCAUGGGGACCUUUGCAACAAACGCUGUAGCAGCAACUGUAAAGACUCCAGAUGCUUCAGCGAUGAUGGUUCCUGUGUGGAUGGGUGUGAAGAGGGUUGGAUCGGACUGCAUUGUGAUCAGGAAUUAAACUGUAUUCGAGGAAUACAUGACAGCGACGGAGAAUGCCUACUGGGUUGUCUCCGGGGAUGGACAGGACGAACAUGUCAUAUCAAGUGUCCCUUCUAUUGUCGGACCUGUGAUGGAGAGACGGGACAAUGCAUCCAGUGUCCACCAGGACAUUUUGGUGCAGCAUGUGGUCACGAGUGCAGUCUGUCCUGCAACAACCUGACCUGUGAUAUGGACGGCACUUGCACACACGGGUGUAUAGAUGGGAUGUUCGGUCGCCGGUGCCAGUAUACACUUCAGUGGCCGUGUUCCUCUUGCACCCAGGGUGGGAGAUGUACAGGGUGCCUAACCGGGUACAAGUUAUUGGGAAGACAAUGCAUAGACACCGUUCAUUUCACCAAGGCAUCAUCAAUGGCUGCUUCCGAAGCUCUUUCACACAACACAGGGCCCAUUUUACAUAUAGACGCGAUGGUACUGUUUUCUGUGGUCCUAACAUCUCUCUACAGCCCGCAGGAGAUCGUCACACCUGCACUUUAAUAGGGUGUUGGAAGUGGCCGCCAAGCACCUUCAUCACAACGUUUGUCGUCAUCUCCAUGGGUGCAUAGUAUAGGGAAUUUCUGUCUGGAGUGUGAACACAACGCUUAAACUUUCAGUCUUUCAUCAGUAUUUUGUGUCACAAAAUAAUACACGUGUGUUUACAGUUUGUGUAUUAACGUAGUAGAGUCAAUAAAGACAUUAUGUUGUAUA